AUGCAGAACAUCCUUGAUCAGAAUUUAGACAUGGCCACAGCUCUACUCGCAGGCGAGAAGCUGAAGGAGCUGAUCCUGCCGGGCUCCUCCCAGGAUGAGAAGGGUGGCGCUCUGGCGGGCCUCAUGGUGCAGCUCAAACUGGAGCUGCCUUUUGAUCGUGUUGUCACUAUAGGGACGGUCAUCAUCCCCAUCCUGCUGGUCACCCUCGUCUUCACCAGGAACUUUGCAGAGGAGUCCAUAUACUGUUACACACCACACAACUUCACCCGAGACCAGGCACUGUAUGCGAGAGGCUACUGCUGGACAGAGCUCCGUGAUGCUGCGCCCGGAGUGGAGGCUCACCUUUGGCCUUCACUGUUUGAGCACAAGUUCCUGCCCUACGCCCUGCUGGCCUUCGCUGGAAUCAUGUACAUUCCCGCUCUGGGCUGGGAGUUCCUUGCCUCUACGCGGCUCACUUCAGAGCUAAAUUUCCUGCUUCAAGAGAUUGAUAACUGCUAUCAUCGAGCUGCUGAGGGCCGAGCCCCAAAGAUCGAGAAGCAGAUCCAGUCCAAAGGACCUGGCAUCACUGAGCGAGAGAGGAGGGAGAUCAUAGAGAACGCGGAGAAGGAGAAGAGCCCCGAGCAGAACCUGUUUGAGAAAUAUUUGGAGAGACGAGGCCAGAGUAACUUUCUGGCUAAGCUCUACCUGGCACGCCACCUGGCAAUCAUCUGUCUCAGUUCCAUCCCCAUUUCCUACCUGAGCGCCUACUACGCCCGCCAAAGGCAGAAUGAGUUCACCUGUGCGCUAGGUGAGCCCCCAGACAUCAGCAGCUAUCCAGAGCUGAAGCUCAGGGUCAACUGUAAGCUGCCUGCCGUGCAGCUGCAGCGCAUCAUGGCAGCGGUGGACAUCGCUCUGCUCUGCACCAUGAACCUCAUCAUCCUGGUGAAUUUGCUGCAUCUGUUUGUGGUGCGCAAGUCCAACUUUGUUUUCGACAAACUGCACAAAGUCGGUAUUAAAACGCGGCGGCGCUGGCAGAAGUCUCAGUUCUGCGAUAUUAACAUCCUGGCCAUGUUCUGCAAUGAGAACAGGGACCACAUCAAGUCCCUCAACCGGCUGGACUUCAUCACCAAUGAGAGCGACCUCAUGUACGACAACGUGGUCCGGCAGCUGUUGGCUGCGCUUGCACAAUCCAACCACGAUGCGACGCCCACUGUGAGGGACUCCGGGAUACAAACGCUCGAUCCCAACAUGGAUCCUUCUGAUCUGGCUGUAGGAGAGAUGGGAGGGGAGCCGCUGGUCAUCAAAAGACCCCGAAAGAAGAUGAAGUGGAUGCCGUCCUCCAACCCUCUCCCUCAGUCCUUUAAGGAACCCCUAACCCUGACUCGCCUGGAAAACAACGCCAAGCCUGAAAAACCCAAACCGCUCAGACGCAAAACAGUGGCAGACAGUUUUAUUGCACCACUUCUGGACAGCAAAAGCACACAGCAUCCUGCAACAAAAGAUCUAAGUGGGAUGGAGAAAAAGCACACGCGCAACUUCUCUCUGGACGUCCACCCGUACAUGCUGACGAUCCGUAAGCCCAAAGUGGAGGCCACAAUCACAGAGCCUCUACCCUCAGAGCACAACAUGGAUGCAGUGUACCUCGAAGGCACGCACACUAUUGUUCAUGUGUCUGGUGCCAUUACAGAGACCAAGGUGUGCUCUCCAGAGUCAACCAACACUGCCUUUUCUACCGUGACCCUGCCCACCACUACCUACGUGAACGGAGUGAGCCCCAACCCUCCCUCCAGCGAGGACGCCCUCAGUCCCAAGUCCUCCCCUCCGCAAGCGGAGCCCCUCGCCCAGCCGGAGAACCCCGAGUCUCAGCCGCCGCCCCUGACCAGAGCCCCCACACACCAGCUGCUGAGCAUACGCCACACUCUGUUUGAGGAAGAAGAGGAUGAAGAGAGCAGAAGGGGCCGGCUGGCAGAGAGACCGGGGGAGCUCAUCGCCGCUGGAGAAUGUUGA